AGAGCCUGGGGAGGCCUUUAGGACCGAGGGGAGCCAGCGCUUCCCGGAGUCAGGUUGCAAAUUCCUGUCCUCCCAGUCCCAGGCGGCUGUCCCCCUCCCCCAGCCGCUGUCGCCUUUCCCUCGCUUUGCCAGACUCGCUGGUCCCAGGCCACGCACCAGACGCGGGCACCGACGAGAUUCCCGCUGGCCUAGGGCAGUGUUGGCCGCAGCUGCCUUCGCGCGGAGCUGCUCCCCUUCUCCUUCUACCCUAUCCUCUCUCCCUCGGCGUUGCUGCCCUCCCUGGAGGCCCCACGGCCACCGCCUCCCGCACGCGCGUCGCCGGGCUCCGUGAGCAGAGCCGCGCGCUCCCGGAUGUUCCUCGCCCAAGCCGCGGGCCAGGCGCUCGCGGACCGCCGGAGUCGCCUUACGCCCUCUCCCUUCCCCUGGGGCACCCAGAGGUGCCAGCUCCGCCCCAGAGCCGCCGCCAGUCGGGUUCCCGGCCAGCCGCCCGCCGGCUCCUGGAGCUCUGAUCGGCGCGGGGUAGCCGCGGGCGUCGGCGGCGAUCGCUGGGCAAGGAGUGGCGCCGCGCGGAGCGGAGGCAAGGGGCGCGCAGAGGAAGAGAGCCGGGAAACCAGGGAGCAGAGGCGGGCGCUGUACCGCCCCGCGCCCCGCACGCUCGCCCGCUCCGGAGACGCGCGGGCGGCAGCUGGGGCGCACCAGUCACCUUGUCCCGGAGGGAGAAAUGGGUCCCCUGAGACACGUGUAACCUGCCAGGCCAGCCCAGCAGCCUGUUACCCAGCCGGGGGAGUACCAUGGACAGCAUCCUGAACCAGAAGGGCGUGUUGGUGCAUGGAAAGCUCACUGACGCUGGCAAGAGGAACGGCUUGAUCAACACCAGAAACUUCAUGGCCGAGGGCAGAGAUGGCCUUGUGUCUGUCUACCCAGCACCCCAGUAUCAGAGCCGCCAGGGGGUGGCCAGCGUGGCAUCGGCCAGCCUGGACGGCAGCAGGAAUGAGCCAUCUCAGCAGCUGCUGAACCCCAACACCUUGCAGCAGUCAGUGGAGUCCCACUACCACCCCAACAUCAUCCUCUACUCUGAGGGAGUGCUGCGCUCCUGGGGAGACGGUGUGGCCGCUGACUGCUGUGAGACCACCUUCAUUGAGGACCGGUCACCCACCAAAGACAGCCUGGACUACCCUGACACCAAGUUCAUCAACCUUUCGGCUGAUGACAUCAAGAUCCACACCUUGUCCUAUGAAGUGGAGGAGGAGGAGGAGUUCCAGGAGCUGGAGAGCGACUAUUCGAGUGACACCGAGAGCGAGGACAACUUCCUCAUGAUGCCCCCUCGGGAUCACCUGGGGCUCAGCGUCUUCUCCAUGCUCUGCUGCUUUUGGCCCUUGGGCAUCGCUGCCUUCUACCUGUCGCAUGAGACCAACAAAGCCAUGGCCAAGGGCGACUUCCAUCAGGCCAGCACCAGUUCCCGGCGAGCCCUGUUCCUAGCUGUGCUGUCCAUCACCAUCGGCACGGGCAUCUACGUGGGCGUGGCCGUCGCCCUCAUUGCCUACCUCUCCAAGAGCAACCACCUGUGAGCUCCUUGCAGGCACCAAGGGGUCAGGGGGAGGUGGUAAAGGGGACGGGAGGGACCUGGGUCAGGACCCCUCCCUGGCUGUGCUGGACAGAGGACUGACUGCCCAUGACCCUGUGGAGCCCUGGAAUUCCUGUCGUUUCUACCUUCUGAUGUCAUUGUCACAGCACUGUGUAGAGCACUGGGUAGGUGGGCACUGCUCAUCCUCCCCCACUGGAAGCUCCAAAGAGUCCCCAACCCAUGUGGCUGUUCCCAAAUAGAUCCUGGUGGCCCAGCAACCACGCAGCUCUCUGAGGCCUUGCAGUGCCUGGAAUGCCACCACAUCAGCAAUAUACAAACAGUUUAACAAAAACAAACCAUUUAUUUUUUAUGGAACAUGGUGCAAGAGGCAGAGGUCAGGGGAGCUGUCGCUGUGCUCUGGGUAGCCUACUUGCCUCCCCUGUGUGCCCCACCCCAUACACACCACCACCAUCCUCCAUGUACCGUGUCUGCUGGAAGAAACUGGGGCAAGAAGGAAGAAGACAAGCAAUCACUUCCGUUCAAAUCCAGAAGAGCGUGCGACCUGCCCCAGCCAAGGAAUGUGGCCUCCUGAGGAAGAUGUCUCAACUCAGCAGCUACCUGCAGCAAUAUGCAACCGGAGGACCUGCCCAAUCCAGGCCAGGAAGAGGUCACAGCCCAGCUGCAGACUCCUGGGCAGGCCAAGGGUUCCCCGUCAAACAGGAUCCUUUGGGGACAGUCACCCGGCGGCCAUCAGCAGUGCCACUACCGAUCCUACAGAUGAGAUGGGCCUUACUCCGUGGACUGAAUGAAUAGCUAUUUUCUUGUCAUUUUUUAAAGUGUGACUCUGCUUCAUGCUGCUUCAGUUAUCCAAUGAAUGCCGAGAAAGAAGUCAUCACAGGCAUUUUAAUACCA